AUGGAUCGUAGUUGGAUUGACGCUCUAAGAACAAGUGACGAAUAUGAGUGUGGGGUGGAUCAGUUUUUGGAAUUUGUGAAGAAUAAUGUUCCUAAUAACAAUGGAUUGUUUUAUUGUCCUUGUGUUAAAUGUAUGAAUAGGUUGCGACAAAUUACAACAGAAAUAAAGGAUCACUUGAUUUGUUUUGGGUUCUACAAAGUAUAUAAACAAUGCGUAUUGCAUGGUGAGUCUAAAAAACAUAGAGUGUGCCAGAUUGAGAAAGAUGAUAUGGAUAUGGAUGAGCGAGUGGAAGAUAUGAUUCAUGAUGUAGGUGUUGAUGUUGUUAAGCAAUUACAUAAAUAUAGUAACUUGUGCAAUGAUGCCGAAAAGCCUUUAUAUCCUGGGUGCACAAAGUACACAAGGUUGACAGUAGUGUUAAAGCUAGUCAACUUAAAAGCAAAAAAUGGGUGGAGUAAUAAGAGUUUCACAGAGUUGCUUAUAUUGUUGAAAGAUAUGCUUCCAAAAGGUAAUCUACUUCCAGAUCAUAAUUAUGAGGCAAAGAAGAUAUUAUGCCCAAUAGGAUUAGGAUAUAAAAAGAUACAUGCUUGCCCCAAUGACUGUGUAUUAUAUAGAAAAGCAUACGAUGAGCUGGAUGCAUGUCCGGUCUGUGGGACAUCAAGCUAUAAAGUAAAAGAGAUGGAGGGUGGUGAUGUUAUUACUAAGGGGCCUCCUGCAAAGGUAUUGUGGUAUCUUCCGAUAAUACCAAGAUUUAAACAUUUAUUUGCUAAUGCAAAUGAGGCAAAGAAGUUAAGAUGGCAUGUUGAAGAAAGGAAAACUGACGGAAUGCUUCGACAUCCUACUGAUUCUUCUCAAUGGAAAAGGACAUCUCACCAACAGUUAUCACAUGGAAAGAAGACAUUUUAUCUUGGUCAUCGAAGAUUUCUUAAACCAGGCCACCCUUAUCAAAGGAAGAAAAAGGAAUUUAAUGGCUUUCAAGAGUAUAAGGACCCUCCAGAGCCCCUUACUAUAGACCAAGUAUAUGAACAGGUGAAAGACGUUGAUACAGUAUUGGGUAAAAGCCAAAAAAAGGUAACUGAGAAGAAUCUCUGGAAGAAGAAGUCUAUCUUCUUUGAUCUCCCUUAUUGGAAAUAUCUUGAGGUAAAGCAUAGUAUUGAUGUGAUCCUAAUUGCACAUGAUGAGAAUGAUGAAUCUUAUUGUGAUAUUGGUGAGACUCCUCUUUCUAUGUCAACCAUGCCUCAAUUGGAUGAAGAAGAUAAAGAAGAUGGUGUAUAUAGCAUAACAAGUGAGCAUGGUGAUAAAGAAGAUGAUAUGUAUGGCGUAUACAUGGAGAAUUCAUUGAGCAUUGGCAAGAAAACCACAAAGUCAAAAAAUUGUAAAAGAGGCGUCACACGGCUUACUAAAUUAGCUCAAGCAGAUGGAGGCAAGAUUCAUAUUGAAUUUGAUAAGAGAGGGGAGCCAAUUGAUUGGAAAGAAGGGAACACAUUUAGAAGUUUUGUUGUACUUGUUGCACAUCAAAAAAUUAGCAUUUUGAUAAAUGAAUGGGAUAAAGUGAGACAAAAUGAUAGAAAUGAAGUUUGGGAUACUAUACUGAUUACUUAUGACAUACCUGAUACAAUGUUUAUGAAGGAGAAGUGGCUCUCUUAUGCAGCAGUGUAG